UAUGCUUGGUCCUUUAAAAGAAAACUCUGACUAAUCAGAUUCUGAAGAUAUAAUCGAUGAAUAAACCAACAAUUUAAUUGGAAUAUUCAAGGUUCGUAAAUUAAUAGAUUCAGACAAAUAACCCACAGAUCCUCAAAUAGUAAAAAUAAAAGAUUAUCUUAAAUGUCCUAUUUGUUUAAGUUUAUUUAAAUAGCCUGUCUAUAGUAUUUAUUUAAUUGAACUCAGUAAAGGAUUGUAGUCAUAGAUAUUGUAAGGAAUGUAUAGAGAAGAAUAUAAGAUUAUAAAAAGAAAAGUCAUGUCCAACAUGUAGAAAAAGAAUUGCAACAAGAAGAGACUUACGUGUUGAUGAGAUUGUGACUAAAAUACUGAAUACUGUUAUUCCUGAUAUUGAAUAAUAUCUAAUAUAAGAAGAUUUAUAAAUAUAAUAAGAAAUUAAGAACUUGAGUUAAUAAAAAUAGAAAAAUGAGGAAAUCUAAAAAUUAGUUAGUCAAAAAGAUACUGAAUUAUCAUGCAACAUUCAGCUCUAUGCUUAAAAUUAAUUAAUUCAUCAAAUUGAUAAAAACUAUAUUAGAGCUCCUCUUAUGACGACAGUAGCAGAUAUUAUUUAAUUAAUUGGUCUUAAAUUAAAUUUACCUGGAGAAUUCACAUAAUAUAUUGAUAUAUACAUAAAUAAUGAAAUAUAGACAUAAAUGGAUAAAACAUUGGCAGAACUAAAUUCAGAAUAUUGGGGUAGGAAAGAAGAUUAUCAAAUUUACAAUCCUAAUGAUUUUCAUAAAUGGAGUAGUUAGGAAAUGAAGGUUGCAACAAGAUAAAUUCAUUAUUCUAUAGAUAGAUUUUAUCAAGGGUAUCUUUGA